CUUGACUCUGACUCCAAUGGAAGCUUCGUCUCGCGAACCGAAGGAAACAAUCGAUUCUGAUUUAAGCUUUAAAAAUAGGAGUAUUAUUUAAUUAAACCAGUAAACUAACUACACAUUAAACAUUUCAUCUGAGUCUGUCUUCCCGCCUGUGUGUUUCAAACCCGCUGAUUCACCGUUAAAAGGUUCCGUUGGGCCUUGUUUAUAAACUGAGAAACAGGCCGGAGGAUCUUUACAAAACCAAAGAAAUGACCCAGAUGCAACAAUGACAUCCAGAUUCGGUAAAACCUACAGCCGUAAGGGGGGGGAGGGCACGUCCAAGUUCGACGAGGUUCUGUCCACCAAGAGAGGCACCCUCAGCACCAAAUGGGGCGACACCACCUACAAAGCCAAGGUGGGCUCAAAGCGUGCCGGAGCGCCCAAAAAUGACUCGGUUCUGGAGGUCUACAAGAGACCCCGUCCGAGCGGAGACGGCAUGGAGGAUCCGUUCGGCUUCGACAGCGACGAGGAGUCCAAGCCGGUGUCGUCUCGCAGCAAGUCGUCCCCUGCUAAACCCAGCGCUGCCGAGCCCCCCCAGGCAGAGAGACCGGGGGCGGGGCUCUCUCUGAACAUGGGGAGCAUGUCCAGCCUUCAGGGGGGUGGGUCCCACGCUCUGACGGCUUCCAGAGGGGCCUCCUCGUGGAUGAACAACGACAGGAGCCAGCCCCCCCGGAUUGUGGAGGACACGGCGCGCUUCUUCAACAGCAGCACUGCUACUACAGGAAAUCCUCCGAGCUCCUCCUCGUCUUCCUCAGAGCCUCAGCACAGCUACUCGUGGUACCUGAACGCCUCGGAGAGCGACAAGAAGCCGCUGCCUCAGACCACCACUUUGAAAACGGGGGCAAAAGCAGAAUGCUCGUACGACGCGUGGGACGACAUCAUGGGUCUCCGCCCUCCGUCCCCCAGCAUCCAGGAGCCUCGUAACCCGGCUCCAACGCUCUCCUGGGCAACAGCGGGAGUUUCCGCACAACAUCAGAAACCCCCGUCUCCGCCGCGGAGCCCCAACCUGAGCGAGGACUUCGGGGGAGACUUGGAUUUCCUCAUGGAGACGACGGAUUCCUCGCAGACGCAGACGACCUCCUCCUCCUCCUCCUCCUCUUCGCCGCUGCUCAGAAACACAAACUGUCGGACGUACAGGAGGCCCAACAAGGGAAAAACAUCGGACUCUGUCUCAGAUCCGCCCAAAUCUGCGUCUGACGGAGGUAGUGAUAAGACCACAGUAGAGGGAGGAGGAGGAAGAGGAAGAGGAAGGAACAGAGACUUCACGGUGCUUCUACCCUCCUCCGUGUCCAUGUGUAACGUCACCAUCCAGGACCGGGGGGGGGAGGAGUUCAGUGCGGACGCAGCGCCCUCCAGCGGGAGCAGCGGCGCCGCGUCGGGGAACAACAGCGUGGAGCUGGGAGAGGCCGGGUGGCAACGGAAGAAAACUGAGAUACUAAACACAAGGUUCAAACCAACGCAGACAAAGUCAAAGAAGGACAGUAAGCUGGAGAGUUUCGGUUUCGAAGACGCAGCAGAGGGCCAUCAGGAGGAGAACAACAGCGCCGAAAACAGCUACAAGAUCCAGUACUUCGGCUUCGACGAUAUGAGCAACAGCGACGGAGAAGAAGACGACGACGAGGACGACAGCGGAGCGAAAGCGAGGAGAAGAGCGAAGAAGGAAGCCGCCGCUAAGCGAGCCCCGAUGGAGCCGAUGGAGGAAACGCCAACGGAAGAACCUCCGGAUCCCUUCGAGGCUCUGGAGAGGCUGGAGGCCCUCGAGAGGACGGAGAGACUCGAGAGGCUGGACAGACCGAGCAAGGAGACCAAGAAGAACGCCGAGAAGGAGAGCAGGAUACGAACAGAGGUCCUUGAUUUCUCGGAGGACGGCCUCAGGAUGGUGGCCCGGGCGCCUCGGCCCCCCCGCCGGCCUCCAACAGGGAAAACAGCCGAGAAGAACCCAGACUCCUUCAGGAGGAUCUUCAGCGCACACAAGAAGUCUCCCACUAAAGCUGUGUAUAACGCGCGGCACUGGGCGGUGGAAAGUGAAGAAGAGGCUCCGCAGACCUUCGUCUCUUCGGCUCCUGCUCCAGCAUCAGGAGGAUCCAGUAAGGAUUCAUCAGCGGCUCAUAAGGACGACGGUCUCUUUAAAGCUCCUCCCCCUCCCCCUAAAGUCACUAAAUGUGUGACCCUCCCCACGGAUCUGUACCAGGACACCGUCACUGCACUCAAGUGCCGCAAAGAGCACAAAGAGCUUUACACCGUGGUGCAGCACGUGAAGCACUUCAACGACGUGGUGGAGUUCGGGGAAAAUCAGGAGUUCACGGACGACUUUGAGUACCUGGCGACGGGUCUGAAGAGCGGACAGCCGCUCAACACGCGCUGCCUCAGUGUGAUCAGCCUGGCGACGCGCUGUGCGAUGCCGAGCUUCAGGAUGCAUCUGAGGGCCAGAGGGAAGGUGGCUCAGGUCUUCAAAACGCUCAACGACGCCCCCCAACACUCGAACCUGGCUCUGUGCACGGCCACGCUGAUGUACAUCCUGAGUCGGGACCGUCUGAACAUGGACCUGGAUCGAUCCUGUCUGGACCUGAUGAUCCGGCUGCUGGAGAUGGACCACGACCAGGGGCCCGGCGCCGUGUCCGACCCCGACGCCCAGUUCAGCGCCAGAGAGAUCGCCAAGAUAAAGGAGAAGAUCCGGAAGCUGUGUGACACCGUGCACAACAAACACCUGGACCUGCAGAACAUCACGACGGGUCACUUGGCGAUGGAGACGUUACUGUCUCUGACGUCCAAGCGAGCGGGGGACUGGUUCAAAGAGGAGCUCCGGCUGCUGGGAGGACUGGACCACAUCGUGGAUAAAGUGGGGGACUGUGUGGAGAACCUGAACCAGGAGGAUGAGAAGGAGAAGAUGGUGUCGUCUCUGUGGGGAGCCGAGCGUUGCUUACGGGUGUUAGAGAGCGUUACGGACCACAACCCAGAGAACCAGAGCUACCUGAUCGCCUACAAAGACUCAUCACUCAUCAUCUCCUCUGCAAAGUUGCUGCGGAGGUGUGAGGCGAUGAUCCAGCGCUACAGCAGAGAGCUGAACUCAGACGGAGCCGUGGGGAAAGCUGUGGAGGAUUGCAUGAGAGCCAUCAUCGGAGUACUGGUCAACCUCACACAGGACAACGAGUGGGGCAGCACGAAGACCGGAGAGCAGGAGGAUUUAAUCCUGACGGCGCUGAACUGUGUCCUCAAAGUGCCUCAGUAUCUUCCUCAGGAGCAGAGGUUCGACAUCCGAGUGCUGGGUCUGGGUCUGCUGAUUAAUCUGGUGGAAUACAGUGCGAGGAACAAGUACUUCCUGAUGGAGAUGGAGAUGGAGGGUCCCUGCGACGCCACCGUCCUCAUCAACCCGCUCCAGGAAUUAGCCAGCACCGGGACGCUCAGCGCCAUCGCAGCGCUGGUACAGCUCUUCCUCCAGAGGGAGCGAGCAGCCAUCAAGGCCGAGGCGCAGACUGAUGACCUCAUCAAGGAGGCGCCGAAGCCCCCGCUGGAUAAGAGCGGCGAGUGGCAGGAGACGGGAGGGGAGAUCCAGUGGGUUUCCAACGACAACGUGAACGAGAACUCAAAGGAGAAACAGGAGGAGGAGAAGAAGAAGAAGGAGAAAGACGAGGAGGACCACGAGCUGGACCUCAACAAAG